CUUUUCCAUUAACGCUCACGGACUACUCUUCUCCACAAUCUCGUCGUCUCCAUUGCUCUCCACUGCUCUGAAAUGGCAAGUUCCGGAUUCGAGCAUCGCUGGACGAAGUUGAGUGUGCGUCAUUCAUUUUCAACCAUGUAUAUUAGCGCUCUCAACGAACGGUUGACAGAGGACCAAAGGGAAGUCAUCUCCAAGACUCCAUUUUUUUGGUUUUUAGAGUUCAGUGGUAAAGUGACAUUGAAUGCUAAACUUUUGCGUGAGUUAACCAAGACAUGGGUGGAUUCCACCAACUCUUCUUUUAUUGCAAACAAGCAUUUCAAUAUCAAUGCAAACGCCAUCCUCCGCAAAUUUGUUCGGCCAACUGACUUACCGUCAUCAUCAUCCACAGAAGCAGACCAACCGUCAUCAUCAUCCAAACAAGCAGACAAUUAAUAGAUUAAUUUANGUAUGCUUUAAUUUAUGUUUUCUAGUGAAGGGGGAAAAUUACUUUAAUGGAGUACUGUAAUAGUAUGUUAUCAGCUAUAAGACUGAUUAUUGGAUGAUUGUACUUGUAUUCAAGUUUCAAUGUUGUUAUUGGGCACUUUUAUAAUUUAGUAAGAUAUCAUGUAAUGUUCUUAUUGUAAUCAUUGUUUUGAGAUGAAUGAAUUCAGCACUACUUAUUUUGUCAAAGCAAUCUACUUUCCUUCAAUAAACACCCAAAAUGAAACAAAAACACGUCAAGUUUCCUUCAAAAAACACCUAAAAUGACCAGUGGUCCCCCACGUUGACACAGGUGGCUCCUUCAGUUCAACAGGAUGUCCAAAACUGCACUGU